CUAUUUGAAUUAUGGGGGACAAAACAUUUAACACAAUGUAAUCUUUAGCGCAAUGCCAAUCCAUUUUACGAAACUACAACAAAUUUAAAAUCUCGAAUAUAUUCGUAUGUGUUUUAAGUACAUACAUUCUGGUGUGGUACGACUUUGUUUUUAGGUGGGUUGCCCCUGUCAUUGUUAUGGACUCUUCCUGUCACUUCCUUGUUGGAACUUUUGUUUUGGGGAACGCUUGGGCUUAAGUUUUGUGAGACUGCUACUACUCCGAUUUAUUCUUCGAGAAAUGUCAACGCCAUGACCGACAAUAAUUUUACAAGUUGGCUGGGGGAAGGCACAGCUAUCACUGCGGUCGUGUCGAGAAGAAGCUCGCUAACGUUGCUAUAAGGCUCCACAUCGGGAGAAGAUGUCCUCAGCUAAUGUUAGCGAAGACAUCCGAAUGGAGUUCCCGCUGCACUCUUCAGUUUGGGAAAAUAAUUACAGGAAGCUGGAGCAGCAAAUUAUACUGCCACAGAAUGACAUUGAGACUGUGGAUCCCAGAGGUCGGACACCUCUGCACCUGGCUGUGUCACUCGGACACAUGGAGUCGGUUAGGGUUCUCCUCAGACACGGAGCUCAAGUUACUAAAGAAAAUGCCAAUAAUUGGACAGUGCUGCAGGAAGCCGUCAGCACGGGAGAUCCAGAGAUGGUUCAGUUAGUUCUUCAGCGGAGAGACUACCUCAAAGCAUCUACUGCUUUGGAAGGAGUACCUGAGCUUUUGUCAAAGAUCCGAAAGUCUCCAGACUUCUAUAUGGAAAUGAAGUGGGAAUUCACCAGCUGGAUCCCUCUUGUGUCCCGGGUUUGCCCAAGUGAUGUGUGUCGCAUUUGGAAAAGUGGAGCAAGCCUUCGUGUGGAUGCCACUCUUCUAGGCUUUGAGAACAUGACUUGGAUCAGAGGGCGAAGGAGCUACAUUUUUAGAGGAGAUGAUUCAAGUGCAGAGUUGAUGGAGGUGAACCACGAUGAGCAAGUGGUGGACACAGAGCGUUUCAUAAUAUCGCAAGAGAUGGAGGAUGUCACACUGGAGUCAAUGCAGCCAGCAGAACAGGAAGUGGCCAAAAGGUUGACCACUCCAAUCGUCAACACCUACCUGGACACCAAGGACAUUGCUUUUGAGAGGAACAAGUCUGGGAUUUGGGGCUGGAGGACUGACAAAACUGAAGUAGUCAACGGAUUUGAAACAAAGGUUUUCAGUGUGAACAAUGUGAAUGUGGUCAUCAGGACAAGGACUGAACAUCUUACAAAUGAGGAGAAAGCCAAGAUAAAAGGUGAAAGGAACAUCCUGGAGUCUCUGCUUGGGACCGUUGAACAACACAUUAGUGCACAAGGGGACCUGACACUCGAAUAUGCAACUGCCACAAAUCCCACAGCCAUCAUUCCAGAGGAAUAUUUCAAUCCCAAUUUCGAUUUGGUCAACAGAGACAUCGGCCGACCGAUUGAGCUGAGCGUCCGAACGCAGAGGUUUAAAGGUACAUUGUGGAUGAGUGAAGAUCAUCCUCUGUCCCUGGUGGAGCAGGUGACCCCUAUCAUUGACCUCAUGGCUCGGACCAGCUCGCAUUUUGCACGGCUACGGGACUUUGUCACGCUGAAAUUCCCCCCUGGAUUUCCUAUCAAAAUUGAGAUUCCUCUAUUUCAUGUGCUGAAUGCCAGGAUUACUUUUGGUAACGUUAAUAAAUGUAGCACUGAAGAGGAAGCCAACAUAACACCAGCAGCCACGCCGUCAUCGUCAGGAGACGAUGAAGAGGCCACAAUACCUCCAACAUUCCAGGUGUGUCCAUCUGUGUUUGCGAUACCUGACAACUACCACCGCCGAGGGGGCGGCCGUCACGUGCCUGCCUCCACUAAUGACGAGGAGUUUUUGCAGUACGCGAUCCAUCAAAGUCUCCUGGAUUCCCACAUCGUCCCAGACCAGGAGGGGAUUGAGGAUGACGCAAACAGCGAACACACUAACGUCAUGGUCAACAGCCAGAGUGACAGGAGUAUCCCAGAGGGCGUGCUAGUGGAUUAUGGCGACACGUCCAGCCCCACAAGCACCUUCUCUGCCUCAAGCCACGACUCGGAGCUCCACUUGGCCCUGGAGCUCUCCGCGCGAGCUCAGGAGCGAGAGGAGCAGCUUAGGAAGCGGGAGGAAGAGGAGCUGGAGCGAAUUUUGCAGCUGUCGCUCACUGACAAGUAGAAGGUUGAAGAGGGAAUCGAAAUUGAUCCGAAAGCGGCCGCCUCACCUCAAUUUACACUUCCUGUCUUCUAUGCAACAGCAGAUUUGACCUUUAACAGCCUUGUGUUGCACAGGCAAAACUCGAUAUCUUAACUUUUUAAAGGGUGUUUUUUUUUGGUAAGAGGGUACACGUUAUUCCGUGUACACAUGCUGAGUCUCACGUCUUCCAGCUUGAUCAAUAGGCUCUGAGGUAUUGUGGGCUUUUAGUACCUUUUAACUGCAACCCUGUCAUAUCUCAAUCUUAAGGCAGCUCAUAAGAAUGUUAUCAAAAAAUGACUACUUCAGGUGACUCCACAUAAGUUGGCACUCCCAUUUAACUGUUAAGUGCCAGAGCAGAGUUUUAUUUUCUCGGCAUGGCUCUAAUCCUAAAUCCUUUAUAGUUUGGGGAAUAAAAACAUUCCCACAGCGUCACUUUACUGAGGACCAUGAAGGGUUUAAUGCUACAAGGCAUUUCCGUUGAAUAACGGAAAUCUCAGGAUCAAGUUCUACAAACGCUCUCUGUGGAAGUAAGUUUUAAACUACUGGUAGUUUCACGGAUAUCGCUGCCAUACUACGAAGUAAAAGUACAUGCAGGUUUCUUGUACUUUUCAGUUGGCCAAGAAGAAAAUGCUGUAAGAAGGCAAAUUUCAGGCAGCAACUGUAUAUAUUGUUUUGUUUGUUUUAAGUGGAAUUUGUAUGAUUUUUUUUUGCUGCCGGAGCAAAUACCAGCAUGAAGCCUCAGAAAAUUAAAACAGCAGUCUGUGCAGGGGUGCAGUCCUGCGCGAGCUGUCUGUUGAUAUUCCAAAAGGCAGUCGGCCUUGAUUGGUCCUUCUCUCGCCACAAACAACUGCAAACCUCUUGAGUUGUGUGCAGGCACGUCGGCAACAAAGGAUUCAUUGCUUUUGUUGUUUCAGCACGUGCCAACAGACUCGUUUGUCUGUUACUUCAUGGAAAGUUUAGCUUGUGCCGCCCCUACAACUUUUUGAAGUUUUUAACUCUCAGAUAGGAAGCGAGUUGCGUGCACCGUGAUGUUGAAUAACCACUGUACUUAGUUGUUUUCCACUAACUUGAGCGGUGCCUGGAAAUCUCACCUUUCGCGGGAUGUGAUGCAAAAAGAGCCGUUAUAACGAUAUUUUGCCAACGUUUUAAAAAAUAAUAAUAAUAAUAAUAAGACCAACUUUGAUUCAGUCAAAAUAAAUCUUUGUAACAAACCAUUUGAGCUGCAGCUGUUCCUAAAAUAAAAGCACUUUAUUUCCAUAAAUACUAUGACCGUGACUUAAUGAACUUAAUUUAGGAAAAUGCAGAAACUCGACUUUAAGGUACAAUUUUAUGCAUUUCAUAAAGCUGCAUCAGAAACUUUGCCUUUAAUAGGAAAGUAAUGUUUAGGUUUUUUUUCUUGAUUAAAAGGGGAGUUUUUAAAAUUCAAAAAUUGUUAAAAAAUAAUUAUUUAUUUGACAGUAGUACAUGAUAAAUAUGAUCUGUGGAAAAAAAUCUGUUGUUUCUGGCUUUGAUAUACAAGAAACCAACCUGCCUGAGGAAAAACAAGCAAUUAGAGAUGGCAUGAUUUACCAGGUGUCCAUCAUUUAUUGCGCACGUGAUCUUUUGUUACCCCAGAAAAAGACAAAAUCUUUUUUUUUUUUUUCCUGCAUGGGCGUGGCUGCGAGUGCGAUAAAUGAUUUCCACUGCGUAAGUCAUGCCUCGUCGGUUGUUUUUCUUUGGGUGCGGUGGUUCAUAAAAUUCGAGGUACAAGAUGGGGCCAGAAAUGGCUGCUGCUGUUUUAUUUUUUUACCAAUCAUAUUUAUCAUAUACUACUGUCAAGUCAUAAAGGUGAUUUUUUUUUUUUUUUAUUGUAAAUCCCCUUGAAACAUACUGUUUAGACUUGUGCUUCAAACUGAGCUCAGUCUCUUUUUUUUUAUUUUUUUUAUUUUUUUAUUUUUAUUUUUUUUAUUUUUUUUAAUACAACUCAUUAGAUUCUCUUGGUUUAAUGAACAACACUUGCCUCACGUAAUGCGGAAAACACCCGAAGCAUUUAUUUACAUUGUGAGGUCAAUGAGGUGCAUUAACAGCUAGUCCUCAUCACUCCAAAUAAAUAAUAAAGUUAUACAACCCGAACAGUGAUUGCACUUAUAUUGUACAACAAGUAUGAUUUGGAGCAGUGUAUAUUGCAUGAGGUGGGGGGGAC